CGUGUUUCCCUCAGAGCACCGCCUCCCGGAGGACCGUCCGCCCAGCGACGCUUCAACCAUAAUAAGUCGGGCCUCCAGAACAUCGGGUCAAUGCAUCGCAUCGGCGCUCGGGCGGCGGAGAGAGAUGGACGCCAGCGAGCUGUUCACCAGCUGCAGGAAGGGGGAACUCUCCAGAGUGCGCUAUCUGGUUGAACAAAGAGAUGUGGAAUUAAAUGUAAAAGAUAAAUGGGACAGUACCCCAUUAUACUACGCAUGCUUGUGUGGACACGAAGAACUUGUUCAAUAUUUACUUGACAACGGAGCAAAAUGUGAAGCCAAUACCUUUGAUGCAGAGCGAUGCUUGUACGGUGCUCUGAAUGAUUCCAUUCGAAGAUUGCUGAAGGAUUACAAGCAGAUCACGGCCAAGUGUAUGCAGAGAGAUUAUUAUUAUGAUUUUCUCCAGAGGUUAUUGGAGCAAGGACUUUACAGUGACAUUUCCUUCCUAGUUCACGGUGAGAUGUUCCAAGCCCAUCGCUGUGUGCUGAGUGCACGCUCAAAGUACUUUGCAGAAAUGUUUCAGACAAAGUGGAAGGGAAAGAAGGCAAUAGCCCUGAAACAUCCACUGAUUAAUCCAAUGGCUUUCAGGGCAAUUCUACAGUAUUUAUAUACAGGCCGCCUAGACAUUGAAGUGGAAAAUGUGGAAGAUUUUAAAAUCUUAGCAAAGCAGUGCAAGUUAGAAGAACUUAUCAGUGAAGUAGAAAGCAAAUGCAAGAAAGUAUAUGAGUUUGUGUCUUCAAAGCCUGGGACCUGGGUAAAAAUUCUCACUUUAGAAUCUCAUGGGAAUUGCAGGCUACAAGAUGACCUGGCCAUGCUUGCCGACUGUGCCCUACCAGCUGAGCUUCGGGUUGGUUUUGGUGAGCUACCUUUUGACAGCACAGAUAACUUUAGCAGUUACCCAGAUCUGAGUUUCAGAGUAGAAGGCUAUAUCUUCCUUUGUCACAAGGCAUUUUUUUGCAGUCGCAGUGAUUAUUUCAGAGCACUGUUGCAGGAUCAUUUUUCUGAAAGUGAGGAACUCCAGAGCCAGCCCAGUAUUCCCAUGGUGACACUCCACAAUGUGACGGAAGAAAUCUUCAUUAGAGUCCUCUACUACAUCUACAGCGACGAUACUGAGUUAUCCCCGGAAAAUGUGUAUGAGGUGCUGUGUAUUGCUGACAUGUAUCUUCUGCCAGGCUUGAAGAGGCUGUGUGGGAAGACCCUUGCAACCAUGCUGACUGAGGACACCGUAGUCAGCAUCUGGAAGACAGCAAAACUCUUCAGACUUUCCCGAUUGGAAGACCAGUGCACAGAAUACAUGGCUAAAAUCAUCGAGAAGCUUGUGGAGUCGGAGGAGUUUGCUCAGGUGGUAAAAGAGGACGCCACAGCUGUAGAGGCCCGACAGGAGACUGACUCUAUCCCCCUUGUAGACGAUAUCCGCUUCCAUGUUACUAGUAACGUACAGACUUACAGUGCCAUUGAGGAAGCUAAUCAGAAGCUGAAAGCUCUGGAAGAACUCCUGGCUAGAUUGGAACUCGAGUGUUAAAUUGCUUUGCAGUUGCGACUGGCUGCAUAGACCAUAUUGGAGGUCAGCACUGAAAACAACGAGCCUUUGCUCUGACAAUACUUUUCAAUUUUCGUAAGCUUGACUACAUCUUGAUAAGAAUCAAGGAUGUUUAUUAGGAGAUGUGUCCCAUUUUGUUGGCCUACAUUAAAUGGAAGUCUAAAGCAAUAAGGUAGAGCCCUUACAAGUGUUCUUUAACUUUCCAGCUAGUACAGAUUCUUAAGUAGUAAUCCUCAUUUUCCAAUCGCAACGAUCAAUGUUUUCAGCAAUGCCGUUUCAAGCAUCAAGGUUGGUACUUCAAUUUGCUGCAUUCUUGUUAGAAAUCUCUGCUGAGAACUGAAAGAAAGCUUGAGAAAUACUUCCAAAUGCCACCAAAAUCUUGCAGUGUGAAUCUUAACUUGCAUUUGAAUAAAGAAUGCUAAAUAUUAA